CGGGGCCUGCGGUGAGGUCACGCGCGAUGGGCGGUUCUGCCGCGGGGCGGCGGCGCGGCGUGGGCAGUGCUGGGCUCAAGGACUGACGCACUGUCAGACCCGGGCUCGCAGGGCCGGCGAGGGGGCUAUAGCGCCUCCAGUCGACCAGGAGCUCCCAGAGGGCAGGGGGUUGUCCCACCCUCUCUGUGCCCUGCCCCAGCCCUGGCCUGAGUUGAAUCGAAGACCAGCUGCUCUCCACUUCCCUGCUCCCACUCUGCCCUCUCACCUCUGGCCAUGGUGCCCCUGUUCGCCCUGUUCCUGGUGGCCUUGGUGGGCCUACCUGUGGCCCAGGCUCUGGACUGCCACGUGUGCGCCUACAAUGGCGAGAACUGCUUCAACCCCAUGCGCUGCCCGGCCAUGGUCACCUACUGCAUGACCACGCGCACUUACUACACCCCGACCAGGAUGAAGGUGAGCAAGUCGUGCGUGCCCAGCUGCUUUGAGACCGUGUACGAUGGCUACUCCAAGCACGCAUCCACCACUUCCUGCUGCCAGUACGACCUCUGUAACGGCGCUGGCCUUGCAGCCCCUGCAACCCUGGCCCUUGUACUCCUGGCCACCCUCUGGGGUCUGCUCUAAAGCCCCGUCCUGCCCUCCACAGACUCACUCAAGGGCAAAGUGCUGAGCAGCACGGUCCCACCCUCUCCCCCUGCGCACUCCCUCUUUGCCCUCCCCAGACACCCCCCCCCCCAGCCACAUCCAGGAAUGUCUGCAAGAGGACUCUUGACCUCCCCCAGCUACCCGGGGGUCUGCUUCCAGGUCAUGACCUGUUGUUUUCAGAAGGCCGAUGUGGGACCACACCUCCCAAGGCAUCUGGCUUUGACGGGGCAGCUCAGCCCCCUCCUCUGUCCAAGGAUGGGGGUGUGGGCACGGUGUGCUGUUUAUGGGGGAUCUUCAGUUGGCCGGUGAACACUGACGUGAAGGGGACCUCUGCGUCUGCCCUGUAAGUGUGCUGGAGGGGGAGGGGAGAUUAGGGACCCAGGGGGUGGGGACCAGUCCUAGGAAGAAGGCUCUCCAGGGUCCUAGGAGGGCUGCCCAGGGCAGGUGUGGCAUGGCAGGCCGAUCGGGGAAGGCCUGUGCCCCCCGCCCCCCGUCGGCCGUCCCCUCGUGUCUAGGCAGCCCUUGGCAGGGGAGGAAGUGGUUCAGCCUAAAGAGGCCCGUGAGGCCCCUCCAGACCCGGCGCUGGGCCCCUGCGCAAGGCCUGAGCCUGGAGAGGCCAGGCUAUAUUUGGUCGAGCUUGAGAGCUGAUCCCAGGACUAUUUUAGGCCAGGAGGGAAGGGAGCAGAGCGGUAGCCACCCGAAGCCUGGCCUUCAGCCCUAAGCAGGCCCUGGCGGAGUGCGCCUUUUUACGGGGGGCGGGGGUUUGGGGCGGCGAACUUCGCCGGGGCGCCGAGAAUUCGCCGGGGCGGGGGCGGGGGCGGUGCAUCCUUGAACCGGAGCGGGGCGCCCUCUGGUGGACGCUUGGGGCCGCGCCGGGCAGGGGUGAGCUCGGUCCGCCGGAGGGGAGGGGAAGGGAAGGCAGGGUCCGGGGAAGGAGGGGACUGUGGUCAGGAAAAGAGGGGAGGGGAGAGGGAGAGGGGAGGUCCGGGGGAGGAGGGGAGGACGGGUUGGGAAAGAAGGAUGCAAAGGGCCGCGCUCCCUCCCCGCGCAGCCGGGAUCCCCUCGCCCCUCGCAGCGGCUUGAGUGCUAUCCGGGCGGCAGCAGGAUCCCGACUGAACGAGUGCUGGGUGCGCCGGCCUUGGUCCCAAAGGGUUUCGCGGGCUCCUCGACCUCUGACUCUGCCCACGGGGAGGGCGGGAGCUCCGCUCCGGCUGGAGCGCUCCAGCCUCAGCUCAGGGAGUGGUUCUCAGGUGCCCCCAGUCAAGCUGGGCCUUAGGUCCCCCAGAGACCCAAGAAAGGGCAUCAUUUAAAAGGCACCCACCCUGGGCUUCCCUGGUGGCGCAGUGGUUGAUAGUCCGCCUGCCGAUGCAGGGGACGCGGGUUCGUGUCCCGGUCCGGGAAGAUCCCACAUGCCGCGGAGCGGCUGAGCCCGUGAGCCAUGGCCGCUGAGCCUGCGCGUCCGGAGCCUGUGCUCUGCAACGCGAGAGGCCACAGCUAUGAGAGGCCCGCGUACCGCAAAAAAAAAAAAAAAGGCACCCACCCUAGGUGAGCCCCGCCCUCGGCCAGCUCGGGGAAGCCCGGUCUGCCCAGCGUCUGCUGUUCUGGAUCCGGGUGGCCCGGGGAGCCGGGCCCUCCUUCCAGUGAGGCCAGUCGAUGUGCAACGUUGUGCCCGGGGUCACACGGCGCCUGAGGCCUCCUCAGCUGACCAGUGCCCCCAGCUCCAGUGUCUGGGAAGGGGCCAAGGAGCCCCUUCAGGUUGGCAAGGCCCAAGUGUGCAGGAUGGUGGCAGGUGCCCACGUGGGGGGUUGUCCCUGGAACUCAGAAGCCCUUGGCCCCUAAGCAUGGGCCCUGUCAGGGGGACCUGUGCUGGAAAUUCCCUCUUGAGAUCUUCCCUCUGGGACCGCCUGACCUCAGGGGAUCCGGUCCUUAGGCAGGCCUGGGUCAGGCUUCCUGGAGGGCCAAUAAGCAGAAGCAGAAGGGCCAAUACCCAGACAGCCGUCCAGGUGGCCCCUCCCCCUGAUGCCCAGUGUGGUGUGAGCUCCUCCUUGGGGGAGGCUGGGGGGAAGCCAGACCCCACCCCCAGCUCCUCCACCCAAAGACUCCCAGGAGUGGUCCCUCUCAGGGAAGUGACCACACUCCCCGCAGAGUUGGCUGCGGGGCCACCGCAGCUCCAGAUGCUUUCUGGGAGGGAGGGCAGCCCUGGGCAGACUGCCCUCCUGACUCAGCAGGAGAGGCCUGGGAAGCACCGUCACUGCCCUGCUUGUGCAAGCACUCUGUCCUGGGUCCGGUGGCUCCUCGGCUAGACCGGGUCCUCCCUCCCUCCCUCCCUCCUGUCCUGGCGGGGAUGGAGUAGAGCCCUGCCUGGCCCCCUGUGGGCUCUGGGGUCACUGAGAGCAGGGAUCCAGCAGCUGGGUGUGCUUGGUGUUGGGGGAGCUUCUCACACCUGCCUCUUGCCUCCAUCUGUCCAACCCUCCUCCACCCUGACCUGGUCCCAUCCCAAUAGCCAUGGCACUGCCCCCAGCACCGGGGACCAUGCUGCCCAUCCCACCUCCACAGGCUGGGUUCUGCCUGGCCCGGCUGUGGUGGAAACUCAGCACAGACACACCUAACGUGUUAUGCUCACGCCCUGGCCGGGCCCCCUAGUGGGAAGCGCGUGGCACUGCAAAAUCAGGGGACUGCACCAGUAGUGCCCUUGGAAAUCAAACAAGUCAUCUUGUCCCAACUGACUGUCCAUGAGGCUAGUGACUAACAUCUGCCCGUUUCCCUGCAGUUGUGGCUCUAAGCACUGCAAGACAACCCUGCAAGGUAGGAGCCGUUAUCAUGCCCCUUUCACAGAUGAGGAAACUGAAGCACAGAGAGGUGAAGUAGUUGCCCAAGCCAGGUGGGACUUCUCGUCCCCCGCCCCCACUGCCCCACCGUGCAGUCGCUUCUCCUAUCAGCUGGGAGAGGAAGGGGAAGCUGAGAAGGUGGAUUUAUAAAUUUAAGAGGACAUUAGCAUGUGAAAUCAUUGUAACAGCUUAGGGUCGGGAAAGGAGAAAAUCAGCACCAGGAGGUUUGAGAAGCCAUGAAAGACAGAGUCAGGGCAUCCAGCCCUGUGUCUGGGUGCUGGGCCAGGGGUGGAAUAGCACAGAGGAGGGCACAGGGGUGCCAGGCACUCCGAGCUCGCCUGGCCCAGACCCCUUCCCCACCUGUGUCAGGAUCGUGGGUCAGCAGGCGGGCAGGCCCAGGCUCUUCCCCGCGGUCUUCGCAGCGUUUCAGAUCUGGAAGCAGCCUGCCCGUCUCAGGAGCGGCUGCUUGACUGUGUGGCGGCACCUGCGUGGACUCCCGUGCCGUCCAUCUGCCUGGAGCACAGCUGCGGCCCGGUGCAGACGGACGUGCAGAGGGGAGGCUGGACAGCUGCUUCUCACCUCCCUUUGUAACAUCUGAUUUGUGGUGAUGAACGUGUAUUUUUUUCAUGAUUCUGAACCUCUGAGAAAGGUGAAAAGAAAGUGAGAGCUCUCUCUCAUCUCUCCCCCUCCCCCAAGUUUUGUUGGAUCCUAUCCCUUGGGCUGAUCUGGACCUCGUCGUUCACACCUCUGAGCCUCUGUUGUCUUGCUGAUAAAAUGGGGACAGUAGCGCCCACCAGGCUGCCCAGUGGGGCCAGUAACUGCCCUGUCUGGGGCCUGGCACACAGGAGGCACCGGGUGGACAGAUGGAUGAACGGACGGACAGACGGAUGGAUGGUGCCCUUUCCGUCCACUUCCUGACCCUACCCAGCAUGGGCAUCGACUUCAGGCCAUGGCCCCCCUCCCUCACACGGCCUCCCAGAGAGGUCUCCUUUGCACCUCCUCGAGCUAGUGAAUAAACGGAUGAAUAUG